AUGUCCCUCCGAAACAUCUCAAAAUCCGAACUUCUCUCAAACUUCGACACCUAUCUCUUCGAUGCCGAUGGUGUUUUAUGGACUGGUGAUAUUCCGAUCCCUGGAGCAAUCGAAUUUAUCAACGAACUUAUCGAAAAUCCCCAAAAAACCGUAUUUGUCCUAACUAACAAUUCCACAAAAACCCUCGAACAAUACAUGAAAAAGAUCGAGAAAUUAGGAUUUGUUAAAAUCGGAAAAGAAAAUGUGAUAAGUCCGGCGAUAGUUCUCGCGGAUUAUCUGAAAAGCCGCGCGGAAACCUACGCGGAUCAAUGGAUUUACCUGAUUGGAACCGAAAAUUUGAAAAAUACCCUGGAAAAUGAGGGAAAUGUGCGGGUUUUUGGGACGGGUGAGGAUUCGAUUCGAAAUUAUACACAGGGUGAUUUUAUACAUGAUUUGGAUUUGGAGAAACGACCAAAGGCCGUGAUUUGUAGCUAUGAUGCACAUUUUAGCUAUCCGAAAAUUAUGAAGGCCGCAAAUUAUUUGAAGGUAAGGGUUUUGAUGGAAAAUCGUGGUUUUCCUGUGGAAAUUGAGAUUGUAAAGCUCUUUCUGACCUAAAAACAUGGUUUUUGUGGCAAUUCUGGGUUUGGAACAUGAUAAUGCUCAGAAAAUUUGGUUUUUGAGCUCUGAAAUUGUGCAUUUGCGGCUCAUUUUCAACUAGAAAUCAUGAUUUUUCGAUUUCUGAGCCACAGGCUCUUUUUCAGGCCAGAACUCGAAUUUUGAGCUAAAAAUUGAGCUUCUGACUAGAAAAUCAGCUGAAGAGUUAUCAGAAAUCGUGAAUUUUCGAUUUUUGAGCUGAAAAUCAUGAUUUUGAGCCCAAAAUCUGCUCUCAAAGCUCUUUUCUCUGAAAAUCAUCAAUUUUUGAACUCUAGAGAUGAAAACCCACUAGACUAGCUGAAAAUUUGCUCGAAAAUCGAAUUUCGGACGAAAAAUCGUAGGAAAAUCGAAUUCCGAACGAAAAAUCGUACGAAAAUCGAAUUUCGCACGAAAAAUCGAAUUCCGGACGAAAAAUCGUACGAAAAUCGAAUUCCGGACCAAAAAUCGUACGAAAAGAGAAUUCCGAACGAAAAAUCGAACGAAAAUCGAAUUUCGCACGAAAAAUCGAAUUCCGGACGAAAAAUCGUACGAAAAUCGAAUUCCGGACCAAAAAUCGUACGAAAAGAGAAUUCCGAACGAAAAAUCGAACGAAAAUCGAAUUUCGGACGAAAAAUCGUACGAAAAUCUCAAUUUUCCACCUAAAACCCUUGAUUUCUCCCAAAAAAUCUCAAAUUUCUAGGACCCCACCGUAGAAUAUCUCGUCACAAAUCAAGACUACACAUUCCCCGGUCCAAAUCCGGCAAUAAUAAUUCCGGGUUCCGGAAUCACAUCGGCUGCCGUGUCAGCUGUGACUGGAAGACAGCCAAAAGUGUUCGGGAAACCGCAUCAACCGAUUGCCGAUUUUUUGUUGAGAAGAGCAAAAGUGGAGGCGAAGAGGACGUGUAUGUUUGGAGAUCGAUUGGAUACCGAUAUUAUGUUCGGCAAUUUGAAUGGGUAAGGAUUUGGGCUGAAAAAUUCAUAUUUUUGACUGAAAAUUUGAAUUCAGCGUGAAAUUUGGAGUUUUUAGACACCCAUAUUGAUAUAGCUUGGGGAUUUUUUUUACCUUAAGGUCCUUAAAGACCUUAGAUACCUUAAUAAUGUUUCUCUCAAAAAUAUGAGUUUUGUAUAUCAAACAAUAGGGAAUUUGAUGCUGAAAUUGGAUUAAACGAAGAAAAUCGUUAAUUUUGACCUAAAGGUCCCUAAAGACCUUAGGGAACCUAAUAAUUUUUUAAAUUUGAAAAUAUGAGUUUUGUAUAUCAAACAAUAGGGAAUUUCAUGCUGAAAUUGGAUUAAACGAAGAAAAUCGUUAAUUUUGACCUUAAAGACCUUAGGUACCUUAAUAAUUUUUUCCCCUAAAUAUAUGGAUUUUGUAUAUCAAACGAUAGGGAAUUUGAUGCUGAUCAAGAAUUUCAUCAAAAAAACUUUUUUUUGCAGAUUUACCAGCAUUUGGAUGCCAACUGGAGUUCACACAUUGGAAGAUAUUGAAAAUGCUCGAAAAAAUGGGCAAAACGAUCGAAUUCCCCAAUUUACUCAUCAAUUUUCCAUCUAA